AUGCGUGAACUCAACGAUGACACCCACCCAACGCUCAGCGAGGAUACCGCUAUCGAUACGGGCUUGGCUGAAGCCUUGAAAGUAUUAGGACCAAACGCCGAGGCGAUCAGAGCCGAGAUGGAUCGCAUUUAUGCUGAAAAGCCGUGGCCUCCGCCUAAUGAGAAUGUCGCAAUCUGGAUAGACCGCGAUAUAGUGGAGUAUUACCAAGCGAGGGGGAUGGAAGACUGGCGGGAGAGGUUGAACGAUACGCUGCGUCAGGCGAUGCGCGCUGAACAGGACAAUGAUGCAAAGCCCUAG